AUGAUGCUCUCUACCUUUUUGAAGGUUCACCCUCCCACUUUCAGAGGGACCUCGAAUCCGACCGAUGCUAAUAACUGGAUACAGGCCAUUGAGCGAGCAUUACAGGCUCAACAGGUUCCGGAUGAGCAGUGGGUUGAGUUUGGGACCUACCAGUUGCAUGGUGAAGCUCAGCACUGGUGGCAGGGAAUGAGGCGUAUUAUGCAGCCUGAUGGGAUUGUGAUCUCUUGGGAGUUGUUCCGAGAUGAAUUUUAUAAAAAAUAUUUUUCCACCUCAGUCAGAAAUGCCAAAGAGCUCGAACUACUUCAACUUAAACAGAGCCAAAUGACUAUUACUGAGUACACCAGUAAGUUUGAGGAAUUGUGCCGCUUCUCGCGCAUCUGUCAGCGAGCUCCUGAGGACUUUGUUGAGUGGAAAUGCAUAAAGUAUAAAGGAGGCCUUAGGAGUGACAUUCAGAGCUUUGUGGCGCCUAUGCAGAUUCGGGUGUUUUCUGAGCUGGUGAAUAGGACCAGGAUGGCGAAUGAUUAUGUUAGAAGGGUUACAGCAGAGAAAUGGAAUCUAAGGAUGCCAUUUCAGAGGACCACAGGGAGAGACUUUGCACCCAGAGACAGACAGUUCAAACGUGGUGGCUUUAUCCCCUAG